CAAGCGUUUCAUCGCACAGACUAUUUUUUGACAGGUUGAUCUUUUUAUUUUGUAACGUGACAUACUGAUAGAACUAAGGAAAAAUCCAUUAAUCACCAGAAAUAAAGGCAGCACCGAUUUUUUACUCCUUGCAAUGGUGCGCAUUCUGAGUACAGGAGAGAUUGUAAAGGAUAGUGAUCCCCGUGCUCAACAAGGAACUAGCAGAAGCAGACAGAAUAUUGGACGUAUACAGCAUGACCCUGAUGAAAUGGCAAGGCAGUAUGAAGGCCAGGGGCAGGGUGGUGGGCAGCAAUUUUCAGUGUUCGAUGGACUAAAUGAAAGACUUGCGGGCUACGGUGUCCCUAGAUUCAAUAUUGGUGCUCAUACUGUUGAACCCAUAGUCUUGGUUGGGUUUGUUCUUGCUGGAUUACUGUUGGGAUUACCAGGUUUGCUGCUGGCAGCAAUCUUGUUUGUUAUAUCUAAAAUAAGCACAACAGAUGGAGGCAUUAGUUCAUUUUUUGGUGGUCAAGGCGGUCAAGGUCAAGGACGCCCAAGGCCAUCACAAAGUGGAGGAAACAGACUAGGAAAUUCAUGAUGCAACAUUCAAUGAAUGUCAUUCACUUUUAUUUCCAUAAAAUUAUGCUCACCAUUAUUGUUAUAUGCAAGAUGUAAUAACAGUGUAAAAUACAGCAGGAAUACUGCCAUGCGUUCAGUAAACGUGUUGGCGGCGAAAGUUUGCUGUUUUGGUUCCUCUCUUGCAGUGUAUGCGAUAUGUUGUAACGGGGAUACAAAACAGAAUAGUUUGUUUAUGUAAGGUAAACGCUCUCCUUACUGAAUGCACUGCUGUUAAACAGCACUACCUUAAAGGCAGUUGCAAUACAAAUAUGUUGAAAUGUUAUACUGACCAGUCACUUUGUAUUGGUUUAAAUUGUUGUAAAUUAUCUCAACAAAAAGAUAGUGUUUGAAAUCAGGUAUAUGUAUACACAUUAUAAUUGGGUACAAAUAGAGUAGCUGAAAUAAAAAAAAAACGAAAUUUUGUUGCUAGAUUUAAGAUUUAUGCAAGAACUGUAAGUGACAAAUGCCCCUGAAGUGGUACUCACUACUGAAGUGUGAUUCAAAGGCCAUUUAGAAAGGAAA